CUUUCCUCUCUCUCUUUUUUCAGCAGCCGCGAUUCUAAUCUGGAUGACGAGAUGCAUUGUGAAACACAAAGGUUUUCGCUGAGCCAGCUUGCCAGCCAGCCAAGAUGCAAGCCAUAAGAUUUCAGAACAUCCAUCGACAAAAUGCGGGGAAAUGUUCGAUCACCUCCUCUAUUUCCCCUUAAGCUCUCUCAUCUCCACACCUCCCUACCCCACAAUUCGACUUCGAAUGCACUCCACAGCAUAUGUACGAGUCGUGGAACAACAGUAUUUUGCUCCACAACUGCAAAGUUAUUAUUGCUGUCGUUUGUUGAGGAAGAUCUCGCCCAAUACUGCAAUGCAAACGCGGGGCACCACGAACCCAAGCCGUUUUCACAUGUCAGAAUUCUCGCUCUUGCCCCCUCCUUUUGCUGCUUCACGCCUCUCCUCUCCUCUCCUGGGCACGACAGCGUAAUACGGAGUACAGUAUUGGAAAUGCAACGAUAUUGCCUAUACGCACGCAGCAAGCAAGAUCACGCGUUCUGUUUCUGGAAACGAGGGAGAUGCAAGCAGGUAGUGAGAGAGUGGUUGGUUGGUUGGCUGGCUGACAAUCCCCUUCCUAUCACUGCAAUAAUAUACAAGCCUGCAGAAGCAAGCAGCAGCACCCUAAUCUAUCUGUCUGUCUGUCUAUCUAUCUCUACACCGACCUGUACUGUACGCCAAACCCAGCCAUCCGCCAAAAACAGCCCGAUUGGAAAAAAUCGCAGAAUGAGUUGUUCGUUCAUGCACGAAGGGGCAGGUUGCAACCAUCAGCGGGCAGAGAUGGAUCUGGGCGUCCGUUCGUCUGUCUGCAAGGUAGGCGAGGGACGGGGGAAGGGGUCCGGGGUAAGUAGGUAGCGCCUACCUAAGAACUAUACUAUAUUACUCUUUCUAGAUUGAGGAGGGAGAGAUCGUCAGGGUUCUAAGGGUGCUUGAUAGGUGGUGCGGAGCUAGGCCCUCAACAAACCUCCUCACACACACACCAUCUCGAGGAAGGAAGGAAGGGGUUGGCGGGAAGGGAGGGGAGGAGGAGAUGAUCUAGACGACGGUACGGGAACUAGUUUAGUACUCACUCACCCUGAAAGGAAACAGCAGUGAAGAGUCUAGACAAUCGCCAUAGUGGAUCCGUCCC